UUUUUACAGUUAAUGUUUUGCUCUGAGGACAGACCCAGGACCAGAGAUGGAGGGCAUGGAUUUUGAGGAUAAGAAGUCCAAGAGGUACUGCAUGAAGACAAAGCAUGUGGCUAUCAUCUGUGGCGUUGUGGUCAUUGUAGGUCUUGCCGUGGGGCUUGGCGUGGGAUUGAGCAGACCUAAAUCCCAGCAACCUUCGGGGGAAACAGAUCAGCCAACAAACCCUCCUCCCUCAGUGGAUUUGAGUCCCUGUCCUUCUAGAGAUGAUGAGACUGGAGACUGGAACAAUUUUAGGCUGCCCACUUAUGUCAAGCCUAUCCACUAUGAUCUGGAAAUAAAGCCUGAAAUGGAGACAGACACUUACACUGGCACAGUCAGUAUUUCGAUUGCUUUGGAAAAACCUACCAGCUACCUGUGGCUCCACCUGCGAGACACCAAGAUUACGGAAAUGCCGACACUCCAGAAAUCUUCAGGACAGCAGAUUGCUGUGAAUGACUGCUUUGGUUAUGAGCCACAAGAAUACAUAGUCAUGAAGGCAGAAACAGAGCUCUCUGACACUGAUGAAAGUGAUCCCUAUAUACUCACCCUGAAGUUUCAAGGCUGGCUGAAUGAUUCCCUGGUUGGGUUUUAUAGGACCACCUACACUGAGAACGGACAUACCAAGAGCAUUGCAGCUACAGAUCAUGAGCCAACAGAUGCACGGAAAACUUUUCCUUGCUUUGACGAGCCCAACAAAAAGGCAACUUACAACAUAUCUAUCAUCCAUCAAGACACAUACCAAGCACUAUCAAACAUGCCAGUACAGCAAACUGUACAGCUGGGCGGUAACUGGACUCGGACAACUUUCGAGAAAUCAGUUCCCAUGAGCACAUACUUGGUAUGCUUUGCGGUGCACCAGUUUCAGUGGAUAGAGAAAAUAUCUGCUAGUGGAAAACCUCUGAGAGUUUAUGCCCAGCCACUGCAAAUACACACAGCAGAAUACGCAGCAAAUGUAACAAAAAUUGUAUUCGACUUCUUUGAAGAGUACUUUAAUGUGAGCUAUUCUCUUCCAAAACUAGAUAAAAUAGCUAUUCCAGAUUUCGGGACAGGUGCUAUGGAGAACUGGGGGCUGAUCACAUACAGAGAAACAAACCUGCUGUAUGAUCCCAAUGAGUCGGCCACUUCCAACAAACAGAGAGUAGCUGCUGUGAUAGCCCAUGAGCUUGUUCAUCAGUGGUUUGGAAAUAUUGUGACCAUGGAUUGGUGGGAUGACUUGUGGUUAAACGAAGGAUUUGCCAGUUAUUUUGAGUUCCUGGGAGUAAAUGCCACAGAACCAGAUUGGCAAAUGCUUGAACAGGUUUUAAUUGAUGAUGUGCUUCCUGUGAUGAUGGAUGACUCUUUGCAGUCUUCUCAUCCAAUUGUGGUGGAUGUGUCAUCUCCAUCUGAAAUCACCUCUGUGUUUGAUGGGAUAUCCUACAGUAAGGGUGCAUCGAUCCUCAGAAUGCUUCAAGACUGGAUGACACCAGACCUGUUCCAGAAAGGCUGUCAGAUAUAUUUGAAGAAACACCAUUUCCAGAACGCCAAGACAGAUCAAUUUUGGGAAGCUCUGGAAGAGGCAAGUGAUAUACCUGUGAAGGAAGUCAUGGACACAUGGACUAGGCAGAUGGGCUACCCUGUUUUGGAGAUGGGAAGUAAUUCAGUAUUCACACAGAAACGUUUUCUCUUGGAUCCCAAUGCAGAUGCUUCUUAUCCUCCUUCUGAUCUUGGUUACAAAUGGAAUAUAGCAGUGAAAUGGAGACUUGGGAGCUCAACAAACUAUACUUUCUACAACCUAUCAGACUCUGCAGGAAUUACAAUACCAUCAUCUCCUAAUUCUUUUGUGAAAAUUAAUCCAGACCACAUUGGAUUCUAUCGGGUGAAUUAUGAUAGUCAAAACUGGGCCAGUUUAAGCACACUUCUGGUCAGCAACCACAAAGAUUUUUCAGCUGCUGACCGUGCAGGGAUUUUGGAUGAUGUCUUUUCUUUAGCAAGAUCUGGACUAGUGAAUUACUCUGUUCCUCUGGAGCUCACAAAAUACCUAAUAAAUGAAACAGACUAUUUACCAUGGCAUAGAGUUAUAUCAUCUGUAACUUACCUCACAAACAUGCUUGGAGAUGAUACAAAUCUCUAUCCCCGGUUUCAGGAGUAUUUUCGCCAGCUGGUAAAACCCAUUGUGGAUCAACUACGCUGGAAUGAUGUUGGAGGCCAUUUGGAGAGGCUCCUUCGUACGUCUGUUCUAGACUUUGCUUGCAGUAUGGGUGACACAGAAUCUUUGAACAACGCUUCUCAACUAUUCGAGCAAUGGCUACAAGGACAAAUUAUUCCUGCAAAUCUCCGACUUCUAGUGUAUCAGUAUGGGAUGCAGAACUCAGGCAAUGAGACAUCGUGGAAUUACAUGUUUGAGAAAUACCAAGAAACUUCAUUAGCGCAAGAAAAAGAAAAGCUGCUGUAUGGCCUGGCAUCAGUAAAGAACAUCACACUUUUGGACAGGUAUCUGAAAUAUAUUUACAACACUAGCCUCAUCAAAAGCCAAGAUGUGUUUACAGUCCUGAGAUACAUCUCAUAUAACACCUAUGGGAAAACAAUGGUUUGGGACUGGAUACGACUUAACUGGGAGUACUUAGUUGACAGAUUCACUAUCAAUGACAGAUACCUUGGUCGAAUAGUGACUAUUACCCAAUCUUUCCACUCUGAGCUCCAGCUUUGGCAGAUGGAAAAUUUCUUUGAGAAAUAUCCUAAUGCUGGGGCAGGAGAAUCACCCAGGAGUCAGUCAAUUGAACAGGUGAAGAACAACAUUGAAUGGCUAAAAGCAAACAAGGAGGAAAUACAAAUGUGGCUAGAAGCACAGCCAGGCCCUUAAAGUCUUACUU